CAUUUGAUUCAGUCUGACUUUUUCGAAUAUUUGGUGUGGAUGUCUGGACGGAAAGUCGCGGUUGAUUGAAGUGAAAAAUUCGACUUUGUUCUGAAGAAAUCUAAAGUUUUUUAAAUGAAAGUGGCAUAUUGUAUGGUCUUGCACAAAUUCUUAGUUCAAUAAUUAUUUUUGGAUGAAGUUUUAAAUACUGAAAAAAAGCCUUACAGUCUUCAUUUUAUUAAUUGAAGUUGCGGAUAUUUCGCCAAAGUGUUUUUCGUCUGCAAAAUUAGUUUUGUGCAAAUAAAUUGAUAGAGUAGCACGGCGAGCGGCAAUGGCGCUUGCGGCCGGCCUUAGUGGGAGUGAGAUAAAUAUAUAAAUUGCGCAGGGCAUUUGUUUAUCAGUCCGAAUUUUGUUUUUGUUUCACGUAAAAAUCGCGUUUUGUUUAUUCGAAUCGGAAAAAUACAACAAUGAAAGGUCGAGCGAAUGUGUGAAUUGUUUAAUAAUAGUAAAAUUGUUGGUGUAGUAGUGCGCGUCCAAAAGCCGGUAAAACAACAAUUUCACUGUUUCCAUUGAAGAAAUGCCAUCAAGUGAUUUACAGUUCGUCUUCAAUUAAGAAUUAAGUUAUUUUUCGAAUAUUAAACGCAUGUGAAUACGUACUUAUGUGCAACUUCCCCUAUUCCUUGCCUCAAUGCGUCGCCAACGAAUACACAAUCAAAGCGUAUUUGUAAAAGUGUAAAAAGUGCGAGAAAAUGAAAAAAUGCUACGUUGAGGCUGUGUGUUGCAAAUGUUUGUUGGAAAAUUCAUGAAAUAAUGAGAACAUUGGAUAUUCAUCACAAGGAUUAACUACAAAGAGGACACACAUUGCAAUUUAGACAAGUGACAGCGGGGUGCCAAAUCGAUUGUGCACCACCACAGGGAACGGAGACUACGCAUAGUCCGAGUAGAUGGUAAAUAUGUGGACUCGCCUGUCGACAGGCGUGCGGUCACGCAAAUGGCAACAAACACACCAGUUACUGCAGCGGCUGCAGUUUCAUGCAAUCGUAUUGGGAAUUUUGGCUUCAUUAUUGCUGCAAGCGCAUUCUUCAAAUGCAAGUCAAGCGCUCACCUUCAAAAUUGAACCUCAGGAUGUGGUCGUGCCGGAAGGACAUUCGGUGCUGCUUCAAUGCGGUGGCGCGGCACAAAACGGCAAGUCCGCCAAAAUACAACCAAUUAUACGCUGGCGGGGGCCCGACGGGCAGGACUUGGGCAUCGUCGGCGACACAUUUCGCAAUCAGCUGAGUAACGGUUCAUUGUAUAUAAGCUCCGUGGAGGAAAAUCGCGGUUUGACCGGCUCCUAUCAGUGUCUGCUCAGCGCUGAAGGCAUUGGCACAAUUGUUAGUCGCGCGGCAGUCGUGUCUAUAGCACGGUUGCCCGAUCUAAAUCAAGACUUUAUCGAAACGUAUUUGCUACCUGGCCAGACGGCAUACUUUCGUUGCAUGGUGGGUCAAGUUCAGCCGGGCAUUAAGCACAUAGUACAAUGGCUUAAGGAUGACAUACCGCUUGUGUUGGACAAAUUGCGCAUGGUCGUGCUGCCGAAUGGCGCCCUAGAAGUAGAUGAGGUCGGCUUUGGUGAUCGCGGCGCUUAUCAGUGUAAUGUGACCUCUGGCAGCAUAUCUCGUUUAAGCAGCAAAACCAGCUUAAAUAUCAAAAAGCCCACAGAUCCAGGCAGUGAAAGUUUGGUUGCGCCCUCAUUUCUUGUGGGACCUUCGCCGAAAACCGUGAAGGAAGGUGACAGUGUCACUUUGGAUUGCGUCGCAAAUGGUGUUCCCAAACCGCAAAUUAAAUGGUUGCGCGACGGCGCGGAACUCGAUCUUAGCGAUCUAGACUCGCCAUUCUCCAUCAUCGGCACGGGCUCACUACAAAUUUCUUCUGCCGAAGACAUCGACUCGGGAAACUAUCAGUGUCGUGCCAGUAAUACAGUCGACUCACUCGACGCGCAGGCCACCGUGCAGGUGUUGGUGCCGCCCAAGUUCAUCAAGAGCCCAAAAGACAAGACGGCUCACGAAAAAGAGGAGUUGGAGCUGGAGUGCGCGAUACGCGGUAAACCUAAGCCGCUGAUUCAGUGGCUGAAGAACGGUGAUGUGAUCACGCCCAACACGUACAUGCAACUAGUGGGUGGCCACAAUCUGCGCAUUUUCGGCCUGCUGCAAUCCGAUGCCGGCAUGUUCCAAUGUGUUGGCACCAAUCCGGCUGGCAGUGUUCAAGCGGCGGCACGCUUGCGCGUCGCUCAAACGGGCAAAUCCAAAAAAUACCACUCUUCCGCUUCCCAAACACCCAAAUCUCCAUUACUUCCGUCAGCUUCACCUAUGCGCCGACGCAAGGGGGGCGGUUCUAAGGCAAUUGAUCCUUUUGACACAUUCGGCGAUGCCAUUGACAAUUCAAUGGGAUCGACACGUAGUCUCUCCAAAAGCGCGCUGGAUAGUUUACUCUCACAGAGAGGCAGAAAACUGCCACGACCUGAGAGACCGCAAAAUGACAAUGGCUAUGGUGAAUUUGCCUCACUGAAAGACCUCGAACAGUUGGACAUGGAAGAUACGGACAGCUCAAUGGAGCUGCCCACAAGUACACACGAGUUCAACGUAGGCGGUGACGGUGAUGACGGCAACAACGAUGACGAUGACAAUGAGGACGAAGACGAAUAUGACGAUUUAAAUGACAAUCAAGAAUUCAUUGAUGCCUACAAUCACGGUGACGAUCCCAAUAAAGUAUUGAACUCUUGGAAGAAUAAAAAUAAGAAACAAUUAUCCUCAGCCACAUCCAAUUCACAAGCGGCGUCAUCAAGUUCCUCCUACUUAUCCUCAGAUUUAGAUGGACUCGAAGGCAGCAUUGGCAUAACUGGCGUUGGGAGUGUAGACGGCGGUGUAGACAUUCCACAAUCCGGUGGCGGAGUUACACAUAUUCACGGUGCUGUGUUGAGCCGUUUACCAGGGCCACCACACGACGUGGUUGCGCAAAUAGUGAAACCACGUUUCGUAACACUCAGUUGGAUGGAGCCGAAGAAGAACCCGGUCGAAGUGGUGUCUUAUACCGUAUUUUAUAAAAUGAGCAACAGCGAACGCGAACAGAAAAUUGUAACCAAAUCGCACGAUGACCAACAGGUGAAUAUCCAAAAUUUGCUGCCUGGAAAAACCUAUCAGUUCCGUGUGGUGGCAAAUACGAACUUUGGACCCGGCGAUUCUUCAGAGGUUUUGGAGGUGCGUACUCAACCGGAGGAGAAUAUUGCUGGUCCACCACGCAACGUCGAAGGACUGGCGACUAGCGAAAGAGAGAUUUUUGUAAAAUGGGAUUCUCCGCUCGUAACCAAUGGAGAGAUUAUGAAAUACCGAAUUUACUAUUCUGAGAAUGACAGUGGUGCUGAGAUGUAUCAUGAUAGCACCUCGCUGAGUGCUGUGAUCUCGGAGCUUCGUCCAUAUACCGAUUACACUAUUAGCGUGGUACCUUUUAAUAAGAAUGGCAUGGGCGAUCCUUCGAAUGAAAUAAAGGUCAGGACUUACUCCUCCACACCAACUGAGCCCCCCAAUAAUGUGACACUUGAAGUAACGAGUUCGACGUCCGUCACUGUGCACUGGGAGCCUCCAGCCGAGGAAGAGCGAAAUGGACAAAUCACCGGCUAUAAGAUUCGCUAUCGUAAACUUAAAGACACACCCCAAGUGAAGAGUACACCAGCGAAUAUACGUUACUUCGAAUUGAAAGGACUUGAGCGACACUCAGAGUAUCAAAUAAAAAUUGCCGCUAUGACAGUGAAUGGCUCGGGCCCGUUCACAGAAUGGAAUCGCGUUAUGACUUUGGAAAAUGAUCUGGAUGAGACACAGGUGCCUGGUAAACCAGUUUGGAUCAACAUAGUUCCCGGUGGUGAUAACAUCGCUUUGCACUGGGGUCCACCGCAACAACAUGAAAUCAAGAUUCGAAGCUAUGUCUUGGGCUGGGGUCGUGGAAUACCCGAUGAAAACAUCAUUGAACUAAAAGAAUCCGAACGCUAUUAUGUAUUGAAAAAGUUGGAGUCAAAUACGGAGUAUGUGGUUUCGUUGCGUGCACGCAACAGUAAAGGUGACGGUCAACCAAUUUAUGACAACAUCAAAACACGUGACGAGGAACCCGUCGAUAUGCCGAUGCCGCUUGAAGUGCCUGUCGGCCUACGCGCCAUCACCAUGUCCAGCUCAUCCAUUGUCGUCUACUGGAUAGAUACGAUGCUGAGUAAAAAUCAACAUGUCAUCGAUAAUCGUCACUACACCGUCCGUUUUGGCAUUUCCGGCUCUAGUCGUUAUCGUUAUCACAACACCACCGAUCUCAAUUGCAUGAUCAAUGAUCUGCGUCCGAACACACAGUAUGAGUUCGCUGUUAAAGUGGUGAAGGGGCGUCGUGAGUCGGCUUGGUCCAUGUCAGUGUUGAAUAGUACCUAUCAAAAUGUACCAAUUACACCACCACGUGAGCUCACUGUACGACCAGAUGAACAGAAUCCACAAACUGUCAUUUUACAAUGGCUGCCACCGAAACACAGCCUUGGUCAAAUAACCGGUUACAACAUUUACUACACCACCGAUACAACGAAACGAGAUCGCGACUGGUCCAUCGAGGCAUUCGCUGGCGACGAGACUAUGAUGAUGUUGCCUAAUUUGAAACCGUACACAACAUAUUACUUCAAAGUGCAAGCGCGCGUGGGGAAAGGCGCCAGUAAUGCGCCGUUUUCAGCGCUUGUGGCUUACACGACUCCGGCGGCGGUUGUGAUGCAGCAACCAAAACCGAUUGCCAAGGGCAUCAGUAACGAGAUCAUCAUAUACUCUGUAGCAGGUGCGAUUGUAUUUGUAGUAUUGAUAUUUGUGGUCAUCAUGGUGGUAAUGUGCCGACGAAAGCCUCAAUCCACUCCUGAUCACAACAAGAAGAGGUACGAAGAUAGUUAUCAAAAUGUUGGAGUUCCGAAGCCGCCAGACCUAUGGAUACAUCACGAUCAAAUGGAGUUAAAGAACAUUGAUAAGAAUAUUCACAGCACCACUCCUGUUUGUAGCGACGGUGCUUCGAGUAGCGGUGCCUUAACAUUGCCACGUUCUGUGGUGCACGAAUACGAUGUCGACACGCCGGUGCCGGUUACUAAUUCGCUCGACAAACGAUCCUAUGUACCCGGAUAUAUGACCACUUCGAUGAAUUCUACCAUGGAACGGCCACAGUAUCCGCGCACCCAGUAUAACAUUUCCGCCAAUCGUUCGCAUAUGACUGUCGACACGGGGCACUCGCAACAAAGUCUGACGCAGCAACCGGGCUCCUUGGCACAAACGCCCGAACAUCCUUACGGCUAUGAGGGUAACUUCUGCAAUCCUGGUUACCCGAAUGGUGUCGGCGGUGCUGGUCCAGGUGGUGGUCCCACAAACAACGGUGGUGUUUCAACUAUCGAGAGUGCAAAACGUGGUCAUCCAUUGAAGAGUUUUAGUGUGCCAGGUCCGCCACCAACAGCGGCUGCGACACCCAUCAAUAAACACACACCUGCCGUAACAAUACGUCCACAAAAUCAAUCGCCCUACAAGAAGCCCUCCUUCUCAGCUGCCACGCCCACGAAUCGGUUGCAAAGCGGCUCGUCUGUGGCACACUCCAACGAUGAAAUACAACGAUUAGCGCCAAGCACCUCAACCGAAGAGCUGAACCAAGAAAUGGCCAAUCUAGAGGGACUCAUGAAGGACUUGAGUGCAAUAACGGCUAAUGAAUUCGAAGUUUAACAGUAAAUAGGUAUAAACACACGCCAUACGAAAGUGUCUAAGGCCGAAACGUGCUUCAGAUAAGAAAAUUAACAAAUGCGCAACCAACAUAAUCGGUAAAAGUAUUGAUCGAUGAAUGAAAGGUUUUCAAAACAAAAAAAAAAACAAGAACGAAAAACAACAAAAACCUCGAUAAACUUAGCGAAUCAAAAUGAAAGCAAACAAAUGAAAACAUUAUCAUUUCUCUUUCGUUGGUUUCGUGCUAAAUUUGCAGUUUUCCACAGAAUAUGCGCAAAUUAAAUUGAUUUGGAAAUGUUUGGCUGCUAAUUCUAAUAAUUUGCCAUUAAUAUUUAAAGUUUAAGAGCUAGUGCAUUCGUAUAUAUAUAUUUAAUGCCGAUCUUUUCGUGUAAGUAAAGUAAUAUUGGAUUUUUGUACAAGCGUUAAGGGACGUAAAGAUAAACGGUUAGAAUUAAUUGAUUUCUAAGUUUAAGUGCUGCUUAAGUUUCAAAAAUGUGUUUUAAGAGUGCUCUUGAUUUUGUUAUAAAUUUUAUUUUUAUGAAGAAACCGUGACAUGUACAUAACCGUUAUAUGUAAGAGCAUUGUCAUAUAUGUAUGUAUAUGUAUUUAUCGACAUUUUAGCGAGUAAGCAAAUGAUUGAAAGAUUAAAGUUUUUGAGUAAAAAUAAUAAGAAUUAUACCACAGCCACGGCUAUAUUAAUAAGGAAACUGAAAUCGAAAACGAAAAUGAUAACGAAGCUGAAACAAUUAAAUUAAAAUAAAAAUAAUUUAAAUAUUGAAAAUUGUUGAACCAUACGCAUAAGCCACACCAAUCUGUCUGAUGUGAAACCUUCAAAUGUUAACAUGUCGCACUUGUUACGGUAAAGUGUAACAACUCAAAAUUUACAAAUUUUAGUUUUUUGCAAGAAAAUAAUGUGCAGUGGUCAUCUCCACCCACUGUAAAAAUCGUUCAGUGAUUUGUCUAGUCUUUCGUUAAAAAAACGUUAUGACUCUCUCUUUGUUUUCAGAAUAACUUCUUUCGACUCAACUAAAGAGUUACAUUUUUAGUUGUCUACAAGUGUUUUAUCAAAUUGGUUCGUUAGUGUAUCACAUAAAGUGUAACAUUUUGAAUUGUGCCACUUGUACACUUGUACAUUGUACCACUAUGUAUAUAAAAAAAUUUCCGGAAAAGAGUAAUAACUCAAAAAUUUGUUAUUUUCGUGCAAAUACUAAACAAAUAAAAAUGAAACAACGGUUAUAUUAUUUUUAAUGAUAUUUUCGUGCAAUUACAUUGUUUUUUCCUUGUAAUAUAUUAUUAACAUUUACGGAAACAGUUUUUCGUCUCUACUGAAAAUGUUCAAAUUUUGAGUUGUUACACUUUACCGUAACAAGUGCGAUGUAUGAAAGCUUACAUACUCCUAUGUAAGUACAUAUUAAUUAUACUAAGCAAUACUAAGCUGCCGUAAAGUAAAGUAUGAGCUAUCUCGCGUUAGUUCACGCUGCAUUUCCGAUUUGCAUUUAAUAUUGUGCGCUAUAACUUUCCUUUUGAAAAGUUGUUUGAAAGUAUGGGCUGCAACAGUUGUUGGUUUUGAAUUCAAGUCCUUGCAGUGCCAUAGAAUUCGGCCUUAAUAAUGUUAUAGCGAGAGACCGCAAUAAUCUAUCCCUGAAAGCUAUAGCGCAAAUCUUCAUUGCAUUUGAAGUUACAACAACUUACAACAAUGGGAAAUACUAGCAGCAUACGUGGGUACUACAUAUAUCUUGUUAUAUAGACAUGUUAAACUAUUGAAAGUACAUGUAACUGUCACAGACUUUGUGUAUAUGUAUUUGCACUUUAUAUUUAAAUAUGCACAACUGAAAUUACUUGCCGCUAUAUGCAUCUACUUGCUAUCGAAAUCUUCUUAAAAGUAAAAACUAAUCUAGAUUUAAACUUACAAACGUGCAUUUAUAUCAAAAUAUCGUGUUCUUGUAAGCCAAAGUUUUACUACAAAAACAUUUCACACAACCGGAGGUUUAGUUUUUUUUAAUAUUGAACCCCCCACCUUAGUGUAAUUUACUGUUUCCGUUUUUACGUCAUCCAAACGGAGUCUUUCUUUUUAGUUUUCGUUCAUUUCCAUACAAAAGUGCCAUUUCACUGCUCAUAAAAAACCUUAAUUUACUGAGCGCACAAAUUUUGUAAUAUUUUUAGUAUGAAGCUUUUAUUUUAAUUUUCGCAAAACUUGUGUUCAUGUAUAAUUUCGGCAAAUUAUUGUCCUCUGAGCUAUUUUUCCAAACAUAAAUUCAAUUUUGGAAGUUACUAUCAAAUGCCUACAAAUGUACUACUUAUGGCAAUGCAGCGUGC